AUGGAGUUAGUCAAUGCUUUGUGGGCCAAUUACAAUGAUGCUGACCCUGAACAAUCUGAGUUGUCAUCACCCUCUUCUGAUGGCAUCAAAGAACCAAAAGAAGAAAUUGAAAGUCCAAGAAAAUCUCUUCCUGCUGAUAUUAUUUUUGAAUCCAUUUCUAGUAUGUUUCCUGAUAAAGGCACACCAGACGAGCUGAAAGACAAAUAUAUGGAUCUCAUGGAAACAAGAGACCCUAACAAUCUGCCGCCUGAGUGUACCCCCAACAUUGAUGGUCCAAAUGCCCGUUCUGUUCCUAGGGAACAAACUAUGCACUCAUUCCAUACGCUCUUCUGCCGAAGAUGCUUCAAGUAUGAUUGUUUCCUACAUCCUUACCAUCCCACUCCAAGUAUGCUAACCCGGAAGAUGCCUGAAAAGAAACAAGAAGCAGAACCAUGCGGAGAAAAUUGCUUCAUGCAUCUUACUGGCUACAAAGAACAAAGCAACGGUGAUCAGCAUGAUGGCACUAAAUGUGAUGGUAAGGCUGGCCCUGAGAGGGCAGAGCGAGCAAAGACCUCUCCUCCGCGCACUGUUGGGAGAAAAAGGAAAAAUGGUAUCACUGCCACAGCAAAUGGUGAAGAUAGUGAAAAAAGUAAUGAUGCUGACUCAGAAAUAAUGUUUCCUAUCCGUAAGAAGCCAACCAGUGAAGAAUGGAACGGUGCCGAAGAGUCUUUAUUCCGCGUUCUCCAUGAUGUUUACCGUAAUAACUAUUGUGUUAUUGCAAAAUUGAUAGGCACUAAGAAUUGUAAACAGGUAUACGAGUUUGCAAUCAAAGAAAUGGCGCACAUUCCUGACCUCAAAGAAGAUCGGACUCAAACACCCCCUCGAAAAAAGAAAAAAAAGAACAGGUCAGUAGUAAAACAUUUUCCUCCCCUUUUUCUCUGUUGCCUAUUACUCAUUUCUGAAAUGUGUACACAACUCAUUAUUUUUUGGCAAUUAUAUUAA